UCAAACGCGAACGUAUUAUAAAGAGGGGGUGCGUGACUUCGCCCGGUCUUACUUUGCUGCGUAUUCAGUUCCGGCUCCCUCCUCCUCCUCCUGUUGUUCGCGACAAUUUUCAGCGUCGAACAAGGCUGUCCAGUCGGCAUCUGCUGCCGAAGUGAAGUGUGCUCGUGUGUGUGUGUGCUCGCCGGUGAAACACACGCUUCAAGCGCGAGAGAGCUUAUCCUGCAAGUGGCGUGUGUCAGUACGUCUGUGGUGGUACACGUGUAUUGUUAUUAUUAGUCGCAUAAUAACAAUAUACACGUAAGCGUAACCGCAGCUGCUCGGACGCGCUGGUCAUCUCUCUCGUGCAGUAUCGUGCAACUAAGUGGACAUCAUGCGCUGGAUUUCGGUCAUCCUGAGUCUCUUCUUGCUCGGCCUGGCAAUCGAGGCGGCGUCGGCCCAGGCCUCGGACAUCUUCAUCGACGACGAGGGCUCCGGGGUUGACGGCCAGUCGGACAAGGACGACGAAGAUGACUCCGAUGAGUUCGGAUCAGGCGCCACGACGACGGACACCGAAUCAGCGUCCGUGACCUCGGGCCCCGUGACCUCAGGCCCCGUGACCUCGGACCCCGUGACCUCGGGCCCCGUGACCUCGGGCCCCGUGACCUCGGGCCCCGUGACCUCGGGCCCCAUGACCUCGGGCCCCGUGGUGCCGUCCGAGGCCCCCACGGACGAGAACGAGCAGCCCACGUCCCCCCACGAGCAGCCCGGAUCCUCGCCCCCCCAGGGCACGGACCACGCGCAGGGGGAGGGCACGAGCGUGGAGGCAGCGACUACGCAGGCUGCAGACGCCCCGAGCCCACCGCUGGUCCCAGUCGACGGAAGCACAGAGAGCGACGUCGCCACCGCCACCACCACCACCGGCAGCUCCAGCAGCACCGUGGACGGCCACGUGGGCGGCCACGUGGGCAAAGCUCACGGCCGCAUGGGUCAGCCUGCCGUGGUGGAGGAACCGCCCAUCAUCCCCGUCCACAAAGAAGAGGUCAAGGAAGGUCAAAGGGGACCUCCCGACAUGCCGGCCACCGCAAGCGCGGCGGUGAACGACAGCCCCUUCGAGAAGACGGAGGUUCUGGCCGCGGUGAUCGCGGGGGGAGCGGUCGGCGUGGUGAUGGCGGCGCUGCUCGUCGCCUUCCUCGUCCACCGCAUCCGCAAAAAGGACACGGGCAGCUACGCGCUGGACCCCAACAAACCCCCGCAGACCAACGGAGACUACCAGAUCGCUCCCACGCAGGAGAUCUACGCCUAGACGGGGCGCCCGCACCACCACCAGCACCGCCGCCACCAAGAUCAACGACACCACCACUGCCACAAACACCAUCACCGCCAACACCACCUAGACCACCGUCACCACAAACAGCACCACCAGCACCGCCACCAA